CUAAACCGAGUUCGUAGUCCGUAACGUCACUGAGAUUUCCAUAAUCUGUAUUAUGUACAUGGAAUAUACAUAAAAAACACUCGUAUAGAAUGCGUCAAAUAAAUUCAUUUAACACUGCAGUGAGUGCCAGCGAGAAGAGGAGACAGGAGCACUCUAUAGGUUUUUUUUCUAUCUCGUCGCACGCACAAGUAUGAUUUCUUCAAGUUUUUUAUUUGUUAUCAUCUUGGGUUUCUGAUUAAAAGAUUUUAAUGCGUAAGCAUUUCGUAAAUGGAAAAGAAGAGUCUGCGCUACUGCCAUUUAUUUUUUUGGAACUACUCCGUCACUUAACCUUUAACAGAAGUGAGAACACAUUUUUAAUUUUUUACGGUUAUGAAAAACGCUUACACAUAUUUAUAUCAUAAUAGGCAAUUAAAAUGGUAAGCAAAUUACCGCAAGAGUUCAGGAGAUAUAAUCGUAAUAGAAAUCAAUUAAGGCAUAUUUUUAAGGAAACUCAACGUGUUCUCGAGAUUAUAAAUCUCGAAAAUUUCUUUCCUGGAGAAAAUAUUAUUGAUGCCUUAUUAUCGCCAUUAAUUUAUAAUAAAAUUACAUACGUUCUUGAAAAUUGUCCUGCCAUAGUCAUAUUUGGGCAAAAUACCAAAGCAAAAGCAUCGCUAGUCAAUAAUUUACUAUCAACUGAUGUCCUCCCAUUAUGUACGGGGCAAUGGCGCUGGAUAAAAAUUGGUUGUGGAUCCACUAAUCAUGUGAAUCUCACUCUUGGUCUUGAAUACGAAGUAGUAGAAAAUUUGUUAGCAAAUGAAAAGCCAUGGGUAACUAUUCCUUCUCAAGACUUAAUAGAAUCUGGAAGCGUAGAUCCUAACUGUCCCACUGUGCUUGAAGUAAAGUUAAAUCAACCAGCACUGAAAGAUGGAGUUCAAAUAUUUGUCGUUCCUGAUUCAGGAGCCGUACAGACUCUGGCUAAGGGAGUAUUUAAAAUUAUUCCUGUAUUCCUCUAUGCUCUGGAUGAACACCCUUUAUCCAAUGAAAAUAUGGAAGAACUGAGGAAUUUGAAAGACAGCUACCCCUAUAAUCCAGUUCUAUUUGUUUCUACGUCAACUCACAUAACCUUUGACUGCUUAGACGAAAAUCUAAUAAAGUCAGAACAUGGACUACAAAGUAAAACUGAAUCGUGCGAAUCAACCUCCGCAAAGGAGGAUUCCAUAAAAUUGACUUCCGCACAGGAUGACUCCGUGAAGUUAAACUGUAUAAAACUAAAUUCCACAAGUAAUAUUGACAAUGGGCUAAAUCUAGAGAAGAUUAAUUUGCUCGGCUUAACAUGGUUCCAUCAGCUUACAGAUUUAGGCUUCAUAGGUGAAUCCAUCGAAAUAGACCAAAGCUUGUGGCUAACGCAUGAAAACUACUCUCGGUCUAUUAAUCUGCUAGAUUCACGGAAAAACUUAGAUCGAAUCUUGUACUUUGUACGCAGCUGCUUACAGACUUAUCUCGUAAAUGUGAGUAAUCAUUUAAAUGAUGUUCAUACGACCAGCCUACGCAAAUUCAUUCUUAGUGCAUUCGAUAUGGCGCGAGAAAUUCAAAUUACUCCCAAACGAAUACAAUACGCUCAGCAGAAAGAGGUCGAGCUUUAUGCUAAUCUCAUGAAGGUGGUGAAUGCUAAACAAGAAGAACUCACCGAGCUCAUUCACAAGAUCAUUCAGGAGAUGAAGGAUGAAAUUUGUCUGGCUCCUGAUCAUUUGAAUCUCUAUCAUAACAUACCAAUCGAUGACGACGAGGAAAGAGGCAAAUGGUCAGCCACUGUGAGGGUAGCGACAACGGAGGUGCAGAGGCUCGUUCUAACCAGAUUGGGAGAACGAGUGGCCAAGCAACUGGCGACGUCCGUUAAUUGUUUAAGGGAUACAUUUGUAGGCACCUUACAACGAUGUCUACUCAGUUUAGAAAAAAGUUACGAACACGAUGCGAGCCUUACGGCCAGCGAUGCUCUGAAGCAAAUACUCUCAGCGGCUUACAACGUGGAGUUGCAGAACUCCUCACCGUCGUUGGUGCACUCGUUCCUCGAGCGUAUGCGCCAACUGUUCAAAUCGUUGCCUCUACCCUGGGCACCGACCCCCGUACUCAACGCUUCGUGGAGGCGGAAGGCCGCCGUCGAUGUACUUCAAUCCUUGAGCGCCGCGCGACUCGCUCGCACCAUUUCCACGCAGUUCCGAGAUAAGGUCAAGACUUCCCACGAAACCUUUCAGUCGGCCCUCAGAUCCCUCGAGAAUCACUAUUCGGGUAAGCUGGAAAGGACCGAGGAGCAGAGAAUAGCCAUCAGAAAAUACCAUGCCCCGAGGCUAGCCAAGCUGGCCCUUGAGUCGACCUCCAUGAGCGACAUGGUUCGAUUUGGCAUCCCGCACCAGGGAAAAGAGAUUGGCCGUGGUCAGUACGGCGUGGUGUUCGCUUGCGACGGCUGGGGCGGUGCACUGGGUGCUUGCGCAGUUAAGUCGGUCGUACCGCCCGACGAGAAGCAUUGGAACGAUCUCGCGAUGGAGUUUUACUACACGCGCUCGAUACCCGACCACAAGAGGAUCGUCAAGCUCCGGGGCUCGGUGAUUGAUCACACCUACGGGGGCGCCUACGGCAUGGGAGCGGCCGUGCUCCUUAUCACAGAUAGAAUGAGUAGAGACCUCUACUGUGGUAUUCGGUCAGGAUUAGCUUGGCUCGAGCGCAUCCAGAUCGCUAUCGACGUGCUCGAGGGCAUCCGAUAUCUUCACUCCCAAGGACUCGUGCACAGAGAUAUAAAGUUGAAGAACGUCCUCUUAGAUACGCAGAAUCGAGCGAAACUGACAGACUUGGGAUUCUGUAUAACCGAGGCAAUGAUGUCGGGUAGUAUCGUCGGAACGCCGGUUCACAUGGCUCCAGAACUCUUGUCCGGACAUUACGACAGUAGCGUCGACGUUUAUGCCUUUGGCAUACUGUUUUGGUACAUAUGCGCUGGACACGUCAGGCUACCCUACGCUUUUGAGCAAUUUCAUAACAAGGAACAACUGUGGACGAGCGUCAGAAAAGGCAUAAGGCCAGAGCGGCUCGCGAUCUUCGACGACGAAUGUUGGAAUUUGAUGGAGCAGUGUUGGGCGGGUGAACCGUCGCGGCGACCCCUCCUUGGCGCUAUACUUCCCGUCCUCGAGUCUAUACAAUCGAAGGCCGAACGCGGUCAAAAGUCACAGAAGCAUCAACCAGGGUCGAGACCCUCGUCACCACUGGACAAAGUUCCGGAUCUCUUAUCAAACGGGAAAGCCACCUGCGUAAUUAGCGAAAACAACGUCGACAGCAAUCAACGCAGUAGCAACAACAAUACCACCAACAACAACAACAACAAUAACAACAACAACAACAAAAACAAAAACAGCAGCAGCGUCAACAACAAUAACAACGACAACCUCCAUCGACAGCAUCAUCACCACCCUCGCCAACACGAUCAACAGCAACAUCAUCAGCAGCAGAACGUCAACAAUAAAUACAACAGCAGUAGCAACAAUAACAACAAUAACAACAACAACAACAACAACAACAACGCCCUCACGCUAUUGGAGCCGAAUAAUCAAAGGGGUGAAGUAGCGCGUCCGUUCUUUCUACCGAAUAAUCAAACAAACUCCGUAGAGGAAAAUAAUCAUCAUUAGGAAAACAAAACAAAUACCAACAGUAAAUUCACA